AUGAUAGAGUCACAUGAAAGAGUAAAGAUGGCUGCAGUGACAGAAGAGCAGUUUGCAGCUCUGCAGAUCUUAUUGAAGGCUUCCUCAAAAGACGUAGUUAGACAACUAUGCCAAGAGUGCUUUUCUAGCUCAACAAGAGGCUCGAGCAAAUUGAUUGACAGCACCCGUUCCAAUCUGUCUGUGACAUCAGAAGAAGCAGCUCAACUGAUCUGCUCUUUGCACAACCUCACCAGGCACAUUGUGUAUCGGGGCCUGUCAUCUGCGGAAGAAAUUCUCUCUCUUUUCCCAGAGAACUUCCACCAGAGUCUAAAAAACCUCCUGACCAAGAUAAUUUUGGAAAAUGCCUCCGUCUGGAGGAGUGAAGCACAAUCAAGUCAGAUCUCCCUGCCUCGGCUGGUUGAUAUGGACUGGAGAGUGGACAUCAAGACAUCCUCGGACAGCAUCAGCAGAAUGGCAGUGCCCACCUGCCUGCUACAGUUGAAGAUUCAGGAAGAUGCUGCACUGUGUGGAGAUAACCCUGUGAUUUCUGCAGUGACUGUGGAGCUGAAUAAAGAAACCCUAGACACUAUGUUAGAUGGUCUGGGAAGGAUCCGAGACCAACUCUCUGCAGUAGCAAACAAAUGAAUGCCUGGGAUGUGAAUUUCACCUGCCAUUUGUACCUGGAAAGGAACUCUCCUGUAUUACAAAUAGAGCUCUGAUAUC